CUAAUGAAUGAUAACCUAGACUGUCGACCUUCCAAAAACUCCCAAGAUCGUGUUGCAGCUUCACAUUCAGUUGCUGGGAACACCCAUUGCGUUGGCUGCGGGUGUGCUGUGUGAGAGCUUUUGAUAUGCCUGCGAACAGCGUAAUUUUGGCCUACAGCGGAGGGCUUGACACUUCCUGCAUUCUAGCCUGGCUCGUGGAAAAAGGUUUUCAGGUCACGGCCUACCUGGCGGAUAUAGGCCAGGAAGAGGACUACGUGGCGGUACGCAAGAACGCCUUGUUACUGGGAGCUAAAGAGGUAGUAAUUGAUGACCUGAAGAGCGAGUUCGUGUGUGAAUUCGCGUGGCCUGGGGUGGCAUGUGGCCUGCGAUAUGAGGGCCGAUACCUUCUGGGCACAAGUUUGGCCAGGCCGGUGAUCUGCAAGGGCCUGGUGCGAGCCGCCCUCGAGAGAAACAUUGGCCAUUUCGCCCACGGAGCCACUGGCAAAGGAAACGACCAAGUUAGGUUCGAACUUGGCUGCGCGGCUUUGGCACCUCACCUCAAAGCGAUCGUACCUUGGAGAGAUGCCGAGUUUACUAGGCGUUUCAAAGGACGUCAAGACCUGAUUGCCUACGCCAAGGCGAAGGGAUUCCCUGUGCCCGCCACUCCUGCUGCGCCAUACAGCACCGACGCGAAUCUCCUGCAUAUCAGCUACGAGUCGGGGAUGCUGGAAGAUCCGGCUGUGUCGGCUCCGAAGGGCAUUUUCAACAUGACGACCGAUCCUGAGGAUGCGCCUGAUGUUGCGCAGGAUAUUGAAAUUGGCUUCGAAAAGGGUCUGCCUACGAGCGUCAAAGUGCUCCCCGACGGAGCAGAAGUGAGCAAAAGCCCUGUGGAGCUAUUCACCAUUCUGAAUGCCGUGGCUGGCAAGCACGGAGUCGGUCGUAUUGACAUUGUGGAGAACCGCUUCAUUGGUCUCAAGUCACGCGGAGUGUAUGAAAGCCCAGGAAUGACUGUGCUCUUUUUGGCCCAUUUGGAUUUGGAAACGUUCUGCUUGGAUCGCGAAGUUCUCAAGGCCAUGAGAGGAUUGAAAGAUUCCAUGACCGACUUCGUUUACAACGGAUUCUGGUUCAGUCCAGAAUGCAACUUUGUGCGCGAUUGCUUGCUUAGAGGGCAGAACGACGUGAACGGCAAAGUUAAAGUGCGCCUUUUUAAAGGAUCAGUCUCCGUUUUGAGUCGAAAGGAUAGUGGCAGUGGAUCGCUUUACAACCAAGCUCUUGUUUCGAUGGACGAGGAAGGUGGAUUUACUCCGUCUGACUCGACAGGCUUUAUCAAUUGCCAUGCACUUCGUUUGCGCGAGUACGCCAGAUACAGGAGUAAUUUGAAGUGAAAAUCGCUGAAAUAAAAUAUCGCUUGGUAGUUGGA